AUGGUCGUUAUCUCGCGUUUCAGAUCCCUCUGGGGUAUUGAGCCCGGUCCGGACCAGUCGGAAUGGAGAAAGAAGUUCGUUGAGCUCAAGGCUCACGGCUACGCUGGGAUUGAGAUUGAUUUUGCCGGGAUGACUCCAGAGCAAUUGCAACUUCUCCGCAAGAAUUGCGACGAGGUGGGUUUGGAGAUCAGCGUUCUUCUCUUCUCCUCCUGGCCGAAAUAUGAUGGUCCCCGCCCUCGUGGCUUGACCCCAGACGCCCAUCUCGAGUUCUACCGGGGCCAACUUCGCCUAGCGACCAUCUUGAAGCCAGUCGUCAUCAAUGCCCAAUCCGGAGCGUAUGGUCCCUUGCACUCCGAGUAUACCACUGUUGAAAUAUUGAUUCGUUAUCUCCAUAGUGACUACUGGAGCUUUGAUGAGUCUGUCUACUUCUACAGAAACGCUUUAGAGGUAGAAAAAGAAGAGGGCUUCGAGGGCAUAGUCUGCCACGAAACACAUCGCAACAGAUCGCUCUUCAACCCUUAUUCGACCGACUACAUCGUGCAGAGAGUUCCACAACUACGUAUCACUGCCGACAUCUCACAUUGGGUAGUUGUCUGUGAAAGGCUCCUAGAUCAGGGCGAAGAAGACCGUGAGAUCCUUGACCGCGUAAUCCCACACGUUCGCCAUAUCCAUGCACGUAUGGGAACAACACAGUCAUCACAGUGUCCAGAGCCUCUAAACCCAGCAUUUUCUGCUGAGCGACAAUUCUUCGAGAAACUAUGGCUUCGAAUCGUCAAGUUAAGACAACAGACAGAACCUAACUGCCGAAUCACUUGGGUUCCAGAGUACGGUCCGUUCCCAUAUCAUCCAAUCGGCACUGCUCAAACCCACGGGGAGCUUGCGGACAGUGAGGGGAAACGACUGGAGGCGCUCUUUGAGUCGGCAGUUGGACAGUCUUAG